CUUUGGCAUUGACCAAGACGAUGAAUUCGGUAGUCAGUCGACAUUAAAUCCGCCCUACGGUGUGUUGCAUUCGGUGUAAUAUUCAACGUCUUGAGGCGCUCAAACAGCAAAAUGUUAUCCCAUGACACGGCUUUCAGUUCAUAGUCCGCCGCACAACAACCAUAUUUUGGGGACGUCCCCCCAUAAUAACUAUUAAGUGUACUUGGAAACAGGUUGUCAAGCAACACCAAUUCUUCUUUUCUCUUUCGUAUUUUUCUUCACACAUGAACUCCAAUCCGGCCAUUCGAAUCUCUCCUCCAGAAUUUCAAUUUUAUGCUUCAAGGAGCUCUUCUGGAUACAUCAGCCGACUUACGAUUCGAAACCUCAUAGAUCGACCUGUUGGUUUCAAGCUUAAGACCAACGCUCCGGCAAGGUACAGUGUCAAGCCGGUUCUUGCCUCACUUGCUCCUAAUGCGGUCAUGGAAGUAUAUGUGAGGUCCGACUCGGAAGUGAUGCCAGAAGACAAAUUUCUUAUUCAGAGCCUACCGCUCACCCCGGCCGAAGCUCAAGACAAGCUCUCUUCCACUUCUUGGCGCCUGCUAGACAGACGGAGAAUAACUGAGAACCUCAUUAACUGCUCCAUGAUGCGUGGUUUCCGCGCACAUACACUGAGCCAAAGCUCAACUCGAUCUCCAACACCCUCCAAAUUUUCUCAACUCACCCCACCAUCCUCACCUACGAAAUUAUCUAAUGAAAAUUGGGCUCAAGGAGCUUCAGAGGUAUAUAAUAAAUUCCAGUUGAUAAUUGAACAAGUGACAGGGUACUGACUUUCUCAACAGAGUAUGCAAGUAUGCAAGAUCGCAUUUCUCUCCAAAGUAACGAAGAUGCAAAUCUUGGUAGUCAGU